UUACAUUACAGUUAGAAUCACAGGUGUACAUAGCCGAGUGCAGUUAAAGUAGGCUCUUUAUAGUUUCAUGUAGAAUAUGAAUAACUUAAAAAGCACGUUACAUAGGGUUAGUUAAAUGUUUAUUCUUAAUUUGGAGCUCUGGAUGCAUUUAUCCUUAUAAAAAUACUUGGAUUAAAGAUUUUAUUACCAUGUAUUAACCCCAAAUUGGCUUGUUUAUCCAGGCAAUGUAGACUGUGGUAAAGAAGAGGAAAGGAGUAUUUCACCUUUAUUAAUCUUCACAAUCUUACAUACCCCGUUAAUAAUUAUAAUUUUUAUAUAUUUAAUAUGGAACAACAACAAUUUAUUAAAGAAGAAAUAUAUACACACGAUGGUUUUGCGUGGGGUAUGAGUAUUAAACAAGAAAUGAAAAACGAGAUAUUUACAUCAACUUUUCAAAAUUUAAUUGAUGAAAGUAUGCAUCCUAUAAAACAAGAAAUUGAUGAUGAUCUAAAUACAAAUAAAGCGAUGGAAGAAUAUACGAUUAAAGUUGAAAAAGAUAAGAGCAAUUCCCAUAUCGUUAAUAUACAAAAUAUUGGAAACAAAUUUAAAUAUCUAAAAGUGAAAUAUGGAAUUCGACCUAAAUCAAAAGAACUAUUGGAAAUUAUUAAACACGUUAAUUCAAACACUAUUGCAGGGAUUAUUAUAUGUAAAUUUUGUGGAAAUUUAUACACGAAACAAAAAGAGUACCUUUGUCACUUUUCUACAAAUCAUUUUAUGAGAUUUAAGAAAAUAAUGUAUAAAACAAAAUUCUGCCCUAAAAACUCUUACACAAGAGGUGAAGUAACUGACUUCACUAUUAUCAGAAAUCAAAAUGUGAAAAAUGAAAUGGAAAUAGUUGAACAUGAUUUGAAAACAGAGUUGCAAGAUAACAGGUUCACUGAUAAUUUGCAUGCCCACAAAGAAGAUAAGCCAUUCAAAUGUGACAUUUGUUUGAAAAAUUUUGCAAAUAAAAAAAGUUUGAAAACACAUAUCCGUAGACAUAUUGAAGAUAAGCCAUUCAAAUGUGACAUUUGCAUGGAGUCAUUUAUACAUAAAUGUCAUUUGAACUUACAUUUGCGUAUUCACAUAGGUGAAAGGCCAUUCAAAUGUGACAUUUGUAUGAAAUUUUUUUCAUGGAAAACGAGUUUGAAGAGACAUAGUCGUAUCCACACAGGAGAAAAGCCAUUCAAAUGUAAAAUUUGCCAAGAAACUUUUUCUCGAAACGAUUACUUGAAUUCACAUAUUUAUAGUCACACAAGUGAAAAGCCAUUUAAAUGUAACAAUUGCUCAAAAACAUUUUUACAUAAAUAUAAAUUUAAUACACAUUUACUUAGUCACACAAGAGAAAGUUCAUUCAAAUGUAAUAAUUGUUCUAAAACUUUUCUGCAUAAAAAGAGUUUGAAAAAACAUUUGCAUCAACACACUGAAGAAAAUCCAUUCAAAUGUGAUAUUUGUUCAAAAACUUUUUCAGAAAAAUAUCAAUUAAUUUCGCAUUUGCAUUGUUACAGAGAUAAGAAGCCAUUCAAAUGUAUAAUUUGUUCAAAAACUUUUUCAAAGAUGUGUAAUUUAAGUUUACAUUUUCAUGGACACACAGGUGAAAAGCCAUUCAAAUGUGAUAUUUGUUUGAAAACUUUUCUAUAUAAAAAGAGUUUGAAACAACAUUUGCGUAAACACACUGGAGAAAAGCCAUUCAAAUGUGAUAUUUGUUCUAAAACUUUUCUAUAUAAAAAGAGUUUGAAACAACAUUUGUGUAAAAACACUGGAGAAAAGCCAUUUAAAUGUGACAUUUGUUUGAAAACGUUUUCAUGGAAAACAAGUUUAAACAGACAUCUAUGUAAUCGUACAAGUGAGAAGCCAUUCAAAUGUAACAUUUGUUCAAAAACUUUUUCAAAAAAAUUUAAUUUGAAGUCACAUUUCUAUGUACAUACAGGCGGAAAGCCAUUCAAAUGUGAAAUUUGUUUGAAAACGUUUUCAUGGAAAACAAGUUUAGACAGACAUCUACGUAAUCAUACAAAAGAGAAAUCAUUAAACUGUGAAAUUUGUGCUGAAAAUGUUUCACUGAAAGAUGAUUUAAAUUCACAUAUUUGUAACCAUAGUGAAAAGCCACUCGAGAGUUUUACAUAAAUAUGAAUUGAAUUCACGUUUGUUUAGUCACACAAGAGAGAGGCCAUCCAUAUAAGAAAUGUGACUGUCUUACUAAGAGUUUGAAACAAGAUAUGUAAAUACAUUGGAGAGAAGCCAUUCGAAUGUAACAGUUGCUCAAAAACUUUUUACAGAAAUUUAAGUUGAAUACACUUUUUUAUGGGUCAGAAACAUUAAGAAACCGAAUGGUCGCGGCAGUAAAUAAAGUGAAUGGACAGGCAGGAGGCGGCAUCAUGCUGCUGGAAAUAUAGCCGCUUUUCCGUGAACACUGAAUUGCCAGGUUGAAUUUUGCAUGAGAACACCUUGCUUGGACAAUAACGGAAUGGAGAAGCAUAUUGUUUUCGAAACAAUCGCGAUUCUGUCUUCUUUCUGGGCUCAGAUAGACUUGUAAGAGUGUAGCGACGACAAGGGCAGAGAUAUGCUCAAGCGCGUAUUGCCGAGACACUUCCAUUUGGUGGAAGAUCAGUUAUGUUAUGGGGAGGUAUAUCGUUUGACGUUCGCACGGAGUCAGUUUUUAUCGAGAAUGGAACGUUGCCUGUCCACAGGUACCUGUCAGUAGUUUGAGAAGACCAUGUUGCACCAUUCAUGGUUAUUCUUGGAGAUGACGCAACCUUUAUGCAUGAUAAGACAGGGCCCCACACUGCUCGGAUUGUUACCGAGUAUCUUGACGAGGUACAAAUCACGCAAUUCGUUUGGCCUACUGGCUGUGCAGACUUAAAUACCAUUGAACGCAUUUGGGAUGAGGUGGAAAUACUCGCUACUGAAGUCUUUAAAAUUUCUUUGUUCCAACGAAAAUCAUAGCAAAGGAAAAUUAUUUAUUUUCAUUACUUUUUGUAAACUUUCAACAACAAAAACUUCUUUUUAUUGAAGGAAACUAUAAAAAAAUCCGAGAAACAUAAUGCCUCAAAUUACGGGUUGACUUUGAUAAUAUACAGUGUAUGUGACCUUUUGGUUUUUUUAUUAUAAUUAAAUAUUAAUAAUUAAUAAGUACUUUCACAAUUUUUACAAUUAAAUGAGUACCAUUUGCCUAGUAAUUAUACAACAUUUAGCUCUAAAUUUAGAGAAUACUUUGAAAUAUGUGUAUUUGAAUUUCAUCAAAGAUUCCAUGAAAAAUAAUUUUUUUGGGAACGUUUUCAAGUAAAUUAACAAACACAGUGCAUUUUUACUAAUUUUUGUAUUAUCUUCUGAGAUCAGGGUUCAAAUUCUUUGUUUUAUUUUGUGUUUUAGUUGUGUUUCUAAGUACUCGCAAAUUCUUUUUUAUCAACCAUUUCAAACGUGUCGGAAUUCAUGUGAUGUUUGGAUUUUUCAUUCUUUACAGAAAAUUAGUUUAAAUUUCUUUUUUUCAGAACGAUUGGAAAAUGGAAAACGUGUAAAUUUAAAUACUAUUGAAGGGAUUAUUGUAUGUAAAUAUUGUGGAAAUUUAUACACAAAACGAAAAGAGUACCUUUGCCACUUUUCUACAAAUCAUUUUAUAAAAUUGAAGAAAAUAAUAUAUAAAGCGAAAUUUCACUCUAAAACAAGUUGCAUAAAAAAUGAAGUAGCUGACCAAACUAUUCUCAGAAAUAUUGAUCAAGAUGCGGAAAAUAAAACUGAAAUAGUUGAACAUGAUUUGAAAACAGAAUUGCCAGAUAAUAGGGUUACAGAUAAUUUGCCCGCUCACAAAGUAAAGAAGCCAUGCAAGUGUGAAAUUUGUUCUAAAACUUUUGCAAAUAAAAAAAGUUUAAAAUCACAUAUCCGUCAACAUAUUGGAGAAAAACCAUUCAAAUGUGACAUUUGCACGGAGUCAUUUAUACAUAAAUGCCAUUUAAAUUCACAUUUGCGUAAACACACCGGAGAGAAGCCAUUCAAAUGUGACAUUUGUAUGAAAUCAUUUCCAUGGAAAACGAGCUUAAACAGGCAUAGGUACAUCCACACAGAAGAAAAGCCAUUCAAAUGUGAAAUUUGUCCCGAAUCAUUUUCACUGAAAUCUUGUUUAAAUUCACACAUUUAUAGUCAUACAGGUGAAAAACCAUUCAAAUGCGACGUGUGUUUGAAAACAUUUUCGUGGAAAACGAGCUUAAACAAACAUAUGCGUAUCCACACAGGAGAAAAACCAUUCAAAUGUGACUUUUGUUUUAAAACAUUUUCACAGAAGUGUAAUUUAAAUUUUCAUUUACGUAUACAUACCGGAGAAAAGCCAUUCAAAUGUAACAUUUGUGUUACAACAUUUUCACAAAAAUCUGAUUUGAAUUCUCAUUUACGUUUACACGUUGGGGAAAAGCCAUUUAAAUGCGACUUUUGUUCAAAAACUUUUGCUCGGAAAUAUGUAUUAAAUUCACAUUUGCGUAUUCACACUGGAGAAAAGCCAUUCAAAUGUGAUGUUUGUUUGAAAACAUUUUCACAAAAAUGUAAUUUAAACGUUCAUUCACAAAUACACACUGGGGAAAAGCCCUAUAGAUGCGACGUUUGUUCGAAAAGUUUUUCUCGGAAAAAUGAAUUAAAUUCACAUUUACAUAAACAUUGAAAUAAGUUAUUUGGAUGAAGUAUUUUCAACGGUACUAUAAUAAAUAUACUGUUGAAGAAAUACAUAGUACAUGAAAAUCUCUAGAGAACAAAUAUUUAUUUUCAACAAUAAUUAAUGCGUUUUCACAUUAAAUUUUGAGUGAGACGAGUUCGUGUCAGAGAUAUGGAGGGGGAGAAUAAGCUUAGACGAGUACGUAUCCAAAUAUCCAAAUUAUGUUAAAAUAUGUAUUUCGUCCCAAAGAGGUUAUAAAGAAGUUGUCGUGAUUUACAUCCAAAUAUUUUAUUUAUGUAUGUACUUUAUUUAAAUUAUAAGAGAAAUUACACGUGGUAGGCCAACCUUUAUAAUACAAUACACAGGUUAUGAAAAGUAUCAUCAAAAAAAAAUCUUCUUCUUUUUUAACAUAAUCAUAGAAUAAAAGGAACAUAAACAAAAAUAUAUGUAUAUAGCUUACUGUUUCGACAGAAGUGCUAAAAUAAAUAAUAAUCUCCUGGACAAAAUUAACGCAUCACUCAUAUUUUUUAUAAGUUUUUUAUAAAUUGUAACAACUUUUUGACAAUAAAGCAUUUCUCUCUUUC